AAAAGAAUAUGUGGUAAAGGAAUAGAUUCACAAUAUUGUUUAAAAAUUCAAACUCGGAAUUACAGUACUGUUUUUCCAGAUUAAUAUUUUCCUAUUUUUAUAUAUUGAACAAAAAAUAAUUUGUGUAACUAUGUUGUCAUGUGGACUCUAUAGUUUUUUCUGCUGACUCACAAAAAGUAUCUUGGAAAUUAUUUUUUGGUUUUUCAAAUCUUUUUUUUAUUUGGAAAUAUUGGCUGCAUGCUCUCACCAAAAUUAACUUUUGUUAGAUUAUGUAUCAUGCCCUUAUGCAUCUUCAGAUCACAAUGUUAUAUCAAGAAACAGCAGCCAAAGCUUCAAAAAGGAAGUGGCCCAUUUAAAUGGAUAAAGGGAGAUAUUCUCAGAUUUGGAAAUACUACGAAAAAUUGGAGAGCAACUACUCCUUAAAAAUCAGAAAGGUCUGAUUUACUCAAUAUACAACCAGACAGACAUGUACACCAUACAAUCAUUCCAAACACCAAAAAUAGUUACCCUAGUGCUUAUAGUAUCUAAGAAACACAAAUAAAAGGCAAAAUUAGUAUUGACCAUUGAACCAUGAUAAUAAAAAUCAAGGUCAGAUGAACCCUGCCAGAUAGACAUGUACACCUUACAAUUAGUCCAGACGCAAAGUAUAGUUGAACUAUUGUUCAACUAUACUUUGAACUAUAUAUUGAACUAUAUAUUGAACUACUCAUGCAUUUGAACUAUUAUUUUAUGUUUCUUUAGUCACUCUGUAAUGUUUAUGUCAUGUUGUUAUUAAUGUUAUGCUCUUAAUGGGCCCUUUAAUUUGGAAAUAAAAAUAUUGUAUUGUAUAGUAUCUGAGAAAUGGAGCUAACCUUUAAAACUUAACAUUGACCAAUGAACCUAGAAAAUGAAGUCAAGGUCAGAUGAAACCUACCCAUCAGACAUGUUCACCUGACAAUCAAAUUGAAUCAAUCCAUACACCAAAUAUAGUUGAACUAUUGCUUUCAGUAUCGAAGAUACAGACUUGACAUGAAAACUUAAUCUUGAUCAAUGAUACAUGAAAUGUGGUCAAGGCUAAGUGAACCCUGUCUGGUGUCACAGGGUGACUUUGUUUACUCACAUAUAUGUUGUUAUUUUGGUUGUUAAUUCUAUUUCGAUUUGCAGAACGUCAGUAUCUUAUAAAUGCUAUAUUCUGCAGACUUCGGUGUAUAAUACAUGUCCACAUUUUACAUCUAAUUAAUUAAGUAGUGUCCACUAUUUACUUGGGCAUUUACCUGUAAACUUGUCGAACGGGUUGAGUAACAGUGAUACCUGUAUUUGAUGAGCUGACUAUUCACUCUCAGGUAACACCUUAACGAGUCAAGGUGUGGUCAGAAAUGUUUGUAUAAAGUUAGUUUACAAUGUGGCGUGGACACACACACUGGAUUUCUGAGGUCCCAGUUUGCGGGCUAGGUGUAUGUAGUUUUGUAUAGUAAAGUAUGGAGAUAAAGUACAGAUGGUGGUGAAACCUGUUGACAGUGCGGCGUUCCGUGUUUAUCAUCAAUAGUUUGGCAACAUAGAAUAUUUGGAGUCGAGUCUAGACAAUAGGGCAGCCGUAAUGUGUACACCGCUUAUGUUGGGCCAGUUUUGUGUAGUUACCGAAAACCAAAUACGUAAAAUUCCGUAGUAUCGUUUAUCCAGAUUUCAUAGUUUAAUAUAAAGAAGAAGGAACAGUUCAUUAAACAUUUGACAGUAUUAUUUCAUUUGAUUUCAUCUAUUUAUAUUUGUAAAUUUGUACCUAAUUAAAUUGUUAUUUUGUUUAAAGUAGUAGUCAUUUAUUAUCUGUAAGUACAAACUCCUAAGUCAGCUCUCGUCUAUCCGUGACAAUUGGUGUCAGAAGUGGGAUUUGUUUAAAAGGCUUAGAGAGUUUUCAUUAAAUUUAAAUUUUCAAUCUUAUGUAUUUUUGAUUGUAUUUUUUUUUCACCAUGUAUUUUUCCAUUUGUAUUGUUUUAUUAUAUGUUUGAAUUGUAUAGCUUCAGGUGUUUGUGAGGAGAACUGAAUAUUUGGGACCCAGAUUUCACAGUUGUGUCUAUGUUGGUUCGUGCCUUGGAGGUUUGGUGUUGUUUCUGCUCUACAUUGUAAACUGUGAGUAUCGGUACUUACAUAUAUUUAGUAAUUGAUUGUAGUACACUGAGGGUUGCAGUAGGUACAUUGAGUGCUGGCGUUUUGUUUUUUGAAAUUGGUGUUUGGUUUGUUGACUGUUCAAGAUGGAACAGAUUCAACAGAUUAGAGAUUUGGGUACUUCAUUAGGGUAUGAAGAUGAUGAGUUGAGAAGGUUUGUUAAAGAUCAGCAGGAUAGGGUCCUAGAUGAAAGGGCUGCUUUAAGGCAAGAACAGAAAGACGAACGAGAUAGAAAAGCAGCUAUAGAAAAAGUUUUGAUUGAGAAAGCUAAGGUUGAGAAUGAAUUGGAACUACAAAAGUUGACGCAUAGUCAGAAAAUGGAAGAGUUAAGUAAACAAGCUGAGUUACCACAAUUAGUAAGUACAGGGGGGUCACAUGAUACAGUUCGUGGACCUAAAAUUCCAGCUUUUGAAGAAGGUAAGGAUGAGAUAGAUAGUUAUCUUAGGAGAUUUGAGCGUUAUGCUACUGCUCAAAAGUGGAAACCUGAUAUUUGGGCCACUCAUCUUAGUGCGUUAUUGAAGGGCAAGGCUCUUGAUGUAUAUGCACUUAUGCCGGUUGAUAAAGCUCUUGAUUAUCCAGCUUUGAAAGAUGCUCUACUAAAAAGGUAUGAUAUGACUGAAGAAGGAUUUAAACGUAGAUUUAGAAGUUGUAGACCAGAGCCAGGUGAGACUUUUAUACAGUUUUCUGUUAGGUUAGAUAGCUAUUUUAAGCGUUGGAUUGAUAUGGCACAUACAGAUACUACUUAUAUAAGUUUGUAUGACUUGAUUAUACGGGAUCAGUUUCUACAUAUAUGUUCGAAGGACUUGUCUUUGUUUUUAAAAGAGAGAAUACCAGAUUCUUUAGAGAAAAUGGUAGCUUUAGCUGAUCAGUAUCGUGAGGAAAGACAAACAAGUGCUUCCAAUCUUAUAGAUAAAGGUAAUCAGUCAAACACAUCUUCAGUAAGAAACCAAAGUGGUUCGAAACCAGUUGAUUAUAGUACAAAGAAAGAACAGAGAAGUAUAAAACCAACAGAACGUACUUCAUUUGUACCUAAUAGGGACAGAAAGGUGUGGUAAGAAUGGACAUAUUGCAACGGAUUGUAGAGUUAAUCUACAAAAGACCAACAGUGGAUCGUCAGACGAUAGAAAGAAUUUUAAAGGUAAAGUAUGUAAUACCUGUACUAUACCUACAGAUUCUAUAGUAGAUGCUAUUCCUACUGGUUGUACAAGUACACUUCCGUUGUCUUGUCAGUCAACCGCAAAUGUAAGUAUGCCUGUAAGUUCAGGUUAUGUUGAUGGUAAACCAGUCACGGUUUUACGAGAUACUGGUUGCAGUGGUAUUGUGGUUAAACGUGAUAUGGUUGGCAAUGAGUCAUUAACGGGUGGAAAACAGGUAUGUAUUUUGGCAGAUGGAACCAGAGUUGAAGUGCCAAUAGCUAGAAUUGAUAUAGAUACACCAUAUUUACAGGGAGAAUUUGAAGGAUGGUGUAUGGCUAAUCCUGUGUAUGACUUGAUAAUUGGUAAUGUAGAGGACGCUAGAGAACCAGGAAAGCCUGAUCCUUUGUGGCAACAAACGGGAGCUGUUGAGACAAGAGAACAGGUAAGAAACAAAAGUAAGCCGUUUGUGCAACUGAAGGUAAAAGAUAUCAUCACAGAUGAGGUAAAUCCAAAUGUAAUCAAGAAAGCUCAACUAGAAGAUACAACGUUGGAUAAAAUAAGAAGGUAUGUAUUAACGGGUGAUACAGUUACACGGAAGAAUGGAAAAGUAAAGUGGAUUUUAAAAAGAGGUAUGAUAUACAGACAGUUUUCGUCGUCAAAACCUGAUAGGGUAAGUUGUACUCAGUUAGUAGUUCCGAAGUUUCAUCGCGAGACAGUGACGAGAGUAGCACAUGAGUCGAUUAUGUCAGGUCACAUGGGUACACAGCGUACACUUGAUAGAGUAUUAUCAGCUUUUUAUUGGCCAGGUGUUUCGGCGGAUGUUAAGCGAUUUUGUCAGUCUUGUGACAUAUGCCAGCGUACAGUUCCUAAAGGAAAAAUAGGUAAGGUACCUUUACAGUCUAUGCCGUUGAUAGAUGAGCCGUUUAAACGCGUAGCAGUUGAUCUCAUUGGACCUCUUUUUCCU